AGUGUGUCCAGAUUGCGCAGUCGAGUUGAUGAGAGUGUGCAGAACGCUUGUGAACACUCAUACUGCUGUGGGACUGAACACGGACUGACGAUGAGAGGCUCUGUCGUGCUUUCACUCUGCGUCCUGAUCCAGCUGAGUCUACAAAACACAGUGAAAGCAGAGGAUGGACCUGUCUUGCAAACCAAGUUUGGGGCCCUGAAAGGUGAAUAUAUGAAAGCAAAGGGAAAGGACACAGUUGUCCAUUCCUACCUGGGUGUUCCAUUCGCCAAGCCGCCCGUGGGUCCUUUGAGAUUUUCUCCUCCACAGCCUGCAGAGAAAUGGGCCGGAGUGAGAGACGCUACAAAACAGCCCUUCAUGUGUCUGCAGGAAAAGCAGUUAAUUGUAGACUUGGUAGCCAAUCUAUCAUUGAAGUUAGAGGUUCCUGACUCAUCAGAGGACUGUCUUUACCUCAACGUCUACACACCCUCUAAACCUGGAGCAAAUGACAAGCUGCCUGUCAUGGUUUGGAUCCAUGGUGGAGGUCUGUCGAUGGCUGCUGCGUCACUGUUUGACGGACAUGUGUUGGCUGCCUAUCAGGAUGUAGUUGUGGUUCUGAUUCAGUACAGACUUGGCCUACUUGGAUUUUUCAGCACGGGAGAUGAACAUGCGCCAGGAAACUAUGGUCUUCUGGAUCAGGUCGCAGCUCUUCAGUGGGUUCAGGAGAACAUCCACAGCUUCGGUGGAGAUCCUGGAUCAGUGACCAUCUUUGGAGAGUCUGCUGGAGGAGUCAGUGUCUCUUUACAUGUUCUUUCUCCAUUAUCCUCAAACCUCUUCCAUCAUGCCAUCGCAGAGAGUGGUACGGCAGCAAUGGAUGCUAUCAUGAGUCCCAACCCUCUGCCAACAGCCCAAUAUGUAGGAAAUGCAUCUGGCUGUGAUAUUUCCAGCACAAAGAAGAUUGUUGACUGUGUGAUGCAGCUGACAGAAGACGAUGUACUCACACUGGUUAAGGAGCAUCCAAUGGUUCGUUUUGGAGUGACGACGGAUGGCCAGUUCCUUCCCAAACCUGUAGAGGAGCUUCUUCAAUCCCAGCAGUUUAAUAAAGUGCCUCUGAUCAAUGGAAUCACGAAUGAUGAGAGUGGAUACAUGCUGCCCAAUUUCUUUUCACCAGAAGGAUGGGCAGAUGGGAUGGACGUGGAGCAGAUCUUGCCAUUUUUGACCAUAUUUAACCCCACUCUUCAAGAUCAGUCCGUUGCUGAGCUUGUAUUAAAUGAGUAUUUAGGCACAUCCCCUGACAGGACUGAAAUCCGAGACGGUUUUCGAGAGAUGUUAGGAGACUUUUUGUUCAACAUCCCAGCUCGGAAGGUAGCGAAUUACCACAGAGAUGCCGGUGCUCCAGUAUACAUGUACGAAUUCCAGCACCCUCCAAGUGUACUUCAAAAGAAACGACCUAGUUUUGUUGGAAGUGACCAUGGAGAUGAAGUUAUAUUUGUGCUUGGUUUUUGCUUUGCAGAUGGACAUAUGAAGCUGGAAGAGGAACUGUCAGAAGAAGAGAAUGAACUCUGUAGAACUGUCAUGGCUUACUGGGGAAACUUUGCUCGCACUGGGUCUCCGAAUGGUCCAGGCCUCACCAAGUGGCCUAAGUUUGGAGCUGAGGCUGAGUAUCUCAGCAUUGGACUGGAGCAAAAACCUGGGAAAGACCUGAAGGGAAAACACUUCACUUUCAUGACUCAAACUCUUCCGCGGAUAAUAAAAGAGCGAAAGGAAGGACCUCUAGUGCAAACAAAAUUAGGAUCUCUGAGAGGUGCCUUCUUGACAGUGAAGGGCAAGGACACAGUUGUUAAUAGUUAUCUAGGUGUACCAUUUGCCAAGCCCCCCGUGGGACCCCUGAGACUGGCUCGGCCCCAGCCUGCAGAGAAAUGGGACGGAGUGAGAGAUGCGACCAAACAGCCACUCAUGUGCAUCCAGGACAGGCAAGUUAGUAUCACUGAACUUAAGUUUCUCGGUAUGGAUGUGGAGAUUCCCGAGGUCUCGGAGGACUGCUUGUAUCUCAACAUCUACACUCCAGUCAAACCUGGCCAAGACACCAAGCUACCAGUGAUGGUUUGGAUUCAUGGUGGAGGACUUGCUCUAGGUUCAGCUUCAUUGUAUGACGGCUCCGUUCUGUCAGCGUAUCAGGAUGUGGUUGUGGUGCUGAUUCAGUACAGAUUGGGUCUGCUGGGAUUCUUUAGCACGGGAGAUGAACAUGCGCCAGGAAACUAUGGUUUUCUGGAUCAGGUCGCAGCUCUUCAGUGGGUUCAGGAGAACAUCCACAGCUUCGGUGGAGAUCCUGGAUCAGUGACCAUCUUUGGAGAGUCUGCUGGAGGAAUAAGUGUGUCCACGCUGAUUCUUUCACCAUUGGCUUCUGGUCUGUUUCAUCGUGCCAUUGCAGAAAGUGGGACGGCCUUGUGGGACGGUUUAGUGAUGGGCAAUCCUUUACUGAGAGCUCAGAACGCAGCCAAAAUGUGCAACUGUGAUAGCAGCAGCUCAUCGAAGAUCGUCGACUGCAUCAUGCGCUGGUCCGAGGAGGAAGUUCUGCAAUGCUCUAAUCAGUUUCCGAUAAUGCACUUCAGUCUCGCUCUGGAUUCCUAUUUCCUUCCCAAACCUGUAGAAGAUAUCGUUCAGAAACAAGAGUUCAGUAAAGUUCCUCUCAUCACUGGAAUCACUGAUGAUGAGUUUGGCUUUUUACUGCCCGCAUAUUUUGGGGGUAAAGGAUGGAUUGAUGGGAUGAAUAAAGAGCAAGUCAUAAAGGGCCUGACCCUCACGUAUCCUGAUCCCAGGGAUCGAUGGAUCAUUGAUCUGGUGGCCAACGAGUACCUGGGCGACACAAGAGAUCCCAUUCGAGUCCGAGACAUUUACAGAGAGAUGAUGGGAGACGUGAUGUUCAACAUCCCUGCCCUUCAACUGGCAAAAUACCACAGCGCUUCAGGGGCGCCGGUUUACCUGUAUGAGUUCCAGCAUCCUCCCAGUAUGAUCCAGAAGAACAGGCCCAGCUUUGUUGGUGUUGACCACGCAGAUGAACUCUUCUUCAUCCAGGGCACCUGCUUCGCUCAAGCCCACCUCAGAGCAACCGCUCCUUUCACAAAGGAAGAGGAAGAGCUGUGCAGGACUGUGAUGGCAUACUGGGGGAACUUUGCACACACCGGGUCUCCGAAUGGUCCGGGUCUGACACACUGGCCUAAAUAUACGGAUGAGGCUGAGUAUCUCGGCAUUGGACUGGAACAGAAAACUGGGAAGAACCUGAAGGAGAAACACUACACAUUCAUGACCAAGACACUUCCAGAUCUCAUACGCCAAGGCCGAGAGACAACAGAGCACUUAGAACUGUAAAAAAAAAAAAAAAAAAUGGUGUUCAUUAGAAAUAAACUUGAAUGUGAGGAUGACACAGAUAAAAAAUUGAGGACUUUGAUUCAACAUAAGCAUUAAAAUACCUAACCUUAGUGUAUUUUGGAGCUGAAGCUCAAAUUUGAUAGACAAAUGUACAAAUGAAUGAUGUGACAUACAUUGAACUAACUUGUACUGAUCUGUUUUGCACUUAAAAAUAAAAGUCAGACAACGUUCAA